AUGGCACAGCUGCUGCUCUGUUCUCUGGCUUUUGUCGUCUUCUUUCGCCCGGCUAGGGGAGCCAUGGAUGUCUGCUACAACUCCCAAGGCCGUGCCCAGCGUUGUAUGCCCAUUUUCGAGAACGCAGCCUUCGGCCGGCAGGCACAGGCGUCCAACACGUGUGGCUGGCCUCCAGAAACCUACUGCUUGCAGAUGGGCACAAGGGAAUCCAGCACCCUUUGCCACCGUUGCGAUGGAGACGAUCCUUUGCUGUCCCACGACGCCUCUUACUUGACCGACUUCCACAGCCAGGAAGAGCCCACUUGGUGGCAAAGUCAGUCCAUGGCAUUUGGGGUUCAGCACCCCACCUCUGUCAACAUUACUCUGCGCUUGGGGAAGGCUUACGAAAUCACCUACGUGAGGUUGAAAUUCCACACCAGCCGCCCGGAGAGUUUCGCCAUUUACAAAAGAAGUCGGGCUGAAGGACCAUGGAUCCCGUAUCAGUUCUACAGCGCCUCUUGCAAGAAGACUUACGGAAAGGCGGAACGGCAGUUUUUGAGACCUGGAGAACACGAGCAAGUGGCCUUUUGCACGGAUGAGUUCAGCGACAUAUCUCCUCUCAGUGGUGGAAACGUGGCUUUUUCCACCCUGGAGGGCCGGCCCAGUGCCUACAGUUUUGAUCAGAGCCCCCUCCUCCAGGAAUGGGUGACCUGUACCGAUCUGUUGAUCUCUUUGGACCGCCUCAACACCUUCGGGGAUGACAUCUUUAAGGAUCGCAAAGUGCUUCAGUCUUACUAUUAUGCCAUUUCAGACCUCUCCGUUGGGGGAAGGUGCAAAUGUAAUGGCCAUGCCAGCGAAUGCAUCCCUAAUGAAGAUGACCAGCUGGUUUGCCUCUGCCAACACAAUACUACCGGGGUAGAUUGCGAUAUGUGCCAGCCGUUCUACCAGGACCGCCCCUGGGCAAGGGGUACCGCUGAGUCAGCCAAUGAAUGCCUUCCAUGCAACUGUAGCGGUAGAUCUGGGGAAUGUUAUUACGACUGGGAACUGUACCGGAGCACCGGGCAUGGUGGACAUUGCGUGAAUUGCCAGGAAAACACUGCCGGACCUCACUGCGAAUACUGUCGGCCAAAUUUUUAUCGUUGGGAUGAUGAAAUGGCGUGUCAGCCCUGCAAUUGCAACCAAGCAGGUUCUUUGAAUCCUCAGUGCGAUGCUGCAGGGAAGUGUGAGUGCAAAGUGACAGUGACAGGCUGGAAGUGCGAGCGAUGCCAAGAAGGAUUCCAUUCCCUGAGUGAAGGAGGGUGCAGACCUUGUGCUUGUAACUCUGCUGGAAGUUUGGGGAUGUGUGACCCUAAUUCAGGGCACUGCAGGUGCAAGAAGAAAGUAGAAGGGUACCUGUGCAACAGAUGCCAGCCUGGCAGUUUUAACCUACAACCUCACAACUCAGAGGGAUGUACAAGUUGUUUCUGCUACGGACAUUCAACUGUCUGCACAACAGCUCCAGGAUUCGAACCCCGAGACAUUGUCUCUGACUUCAGACAAGGAUUAGAAGGCUGGAAAGCAGAAAACUCGGAGGGGCGAGAGAUUUUACUACGCUGGGAUGGAGACGUCAUCUUCAUAGACCAAAACGAACAGGAAGUGACUGGGUUUAAGGCCCCAGAGAAAUUUCUAGGUGAUCAACGUUUUAGCUACGGCCAGUUGCUCUCGGCGGUCCUUCACUUCGGAGACAACACAACGGGCGUUUCUUCUCCUUCCAUCCAGUUAAUUUUGGAAGGGAACGGGGUCUUUCUAUCAGCAAGACAUGAGAACCCGGAAGAAAGAGGGAGCGAAAUGCCAUGCAAAGAACGGAUUGUGUCCUUCAGGUUGCACGAGGGAGAGGAGGCCAUGGACUUGGAGCUGUCACCUUUCCAGUUUCAACGGAUGCUUUCCAAUCUGACGAAGCUUCAGAUCCAAGUUAAAAGCAAACCCAGAUCGGGCAGAAUUGCGCUAAAGGAGGUUAGACUGGCCUCCGCUCAUCUGGGUUUCUCCCAGCAGGCUCCAUGGGUGGAAGAAUGCCUCUGCCCCCAGGGGUACCAAGGCCGAUUUUGCCAGUUUUGCGCUCCAGGUUACAAACGGGAGAACCCUUGGGGUGGGCCCUUUGCAAGUUGUGUGCCUUGUACCUGCAACCAGCACGGGAGCUGUGACCCUGAUUCAGGCAUCUGCCAAUGUCUACACAACACCGAAGGACCUGCUUGUGAGCGAUGCACUGCAGGGUUCUACGGCAACCCAUUUCUUGGGCAGCCUGAGGACUGCCAACCUUGCCCAUGUCCAGGGCAAUGGCCUUGUGCAACCCUGCUGGACAGUGAAGAAGUGGUCUGCACACACUGUCCCCUGGGCCAGAGAGGCCGCCUCUGUGAAUUAUGCGAUGAUGGUUUCUUUGGGGAUCCCCUGGGAAGAAACGGAUCAGUGCACCCUUGUAACAGCUGCAGUUGCCAUGGCAACACAGACCCCAACGCAGUGGGCAAUUGUGACACUUUCACCGGCCGUUGCCUUCGCUGCUUGUACAAUACUACAGGGGAGCAGUGCGAGAGGUGCCAAGAAGGCUUCUACGGGAAUCCUUUGGCUGCCAACCCAGCCACCAAGUGUGCGCCCUGUAACUGUAACCCUGAUGGCUCUACUCACGGACGAGAAACUUGUGAUCCGGUUUCGGGUCAGUGUCGCUGCCUCCCCAAUGUAACCGGACGAGAGUGCACCCAGUGCCUGGAAGGCUAUUUUGAUCUACAGCCAGGGGUGGGGUGCAGAAGUUGUCAGUGCCACCAAAAGGGAGCACAGAGCAACACCUGUCACCCCAUCACAGGGCAAUGCACCUGCCAUCCCGGCGUGACAGGACUAUCGUGCAAUCAGUGCCAGGCUGGGUUCUUUGGAUUCUCUUCUCAAGGCUGCCAAGCCUGCAACUGUUCCCAGAUUGGUUCGGUGUCCCUCCAGUGCCAUGACAACAGCACUUGUGUGUGUAAGAAGGGCUUUGUGGGUAACAAGUGCGACCGGUGUGAUGUGAACUACUUCUUCGACUUGGAAAGUAAGCAGUGCCAGGAGUGUCCCUUCUGCUACAGCCUCGUGAAAGAGGAGACGGACAGACUGAAGGACAAGCUGGCCGAAAUGGAAGCUUGGUUCCAGAAGCCCAGCUGUGACCGAUCCAAAAAUGAAUAUUAUCACGUGAUGCUUGGCGAGAGCCCCCGUGGAGACAACCUUCACCGUCCGUACCUGUUAGAAGGUGCCAAAGCUGCCUUCUUGGAGAAGAUGGCGGAUCUGAAGGACUUGGUGGAGGACGCCCACCACCGGCUGAGCAACACCAGCAGAAACAUUGCCUGCAAUGGUCAACGGGCUACCAAAGUGUGCGGGCUCCUUUCUGAUGUAUCCUCCACCCUGCAGUCCACCCAUGAGGACAUCCAGCUGGCCACCGAGGUCCUGGAGAGCACGGAAUUUUCUUCUGAGAUUUCUUAUCAGUCUACAAACUGGAGCCGCCAUGCAAUUAGAUCCAGUGCCUUGGCCCGCGGCCACGUUGAAAUGGCAUCCUUGGUGGACAGUCUGGCCAGAAGAGCCAUCCAGACCUCCAAUCUGAGUUAUCGUCUUCUGCAAAACGUUGCAAACCACAGCAGGAGGCAGGAGUUCAGGCAAGAGAUGGAAGAAAGUGGUGAGAAAAUCGAAAGGAUCCAAAAAAACCUUGUCUUGCAAAUAGAAGAUGCUGAGAUGCUGGUUUCAAGCCAUCAGAGCAACACAACCCUGGUGCAAACAGAUACUUUGGAGCUGCGCCCUCUGGUGGAGAAAACUGGAAAUCUGGUCCAAAAAGCCGAAGAAAUCCAACAACUGGUUGAAACGAAACACAGGUUGGCAACCAACAAAUCCUUGGCUGUACAAACUGCGUUAAAGGAAGAACUACGGAGGAUUCAGCCCUUGGAAGAGCUAUGGCAGAGAACGAACAAUGCACGAGCACUGGCAGUGUCCUCCCUGGACAACGGAGAAGCCACGGUGUCUGAAGUGAAGACUUUGGUGACCACACUGGACGGAAUGAAGGCCCUGAUGGAUGACCCGAAGGGCCGCGCUGCGGUCAGGAGGAAGAGGGUUGCAGUGCGGGGCAGGACGAUCGCGGAGACCCAAAGGAAGGUCAAGCAGGCCCAGAGAGCCCUGGGGAAUUCUGGGUCUGUGUCGGCGAAGGCCUUUGAAAUGGCCAGUGAUGGGGAAUCGGUCUCCAAGAAAAAUGCUAAGGCAGCCGAAGAUGUGCUAAGACAGGCCAAGCAAGAGAGAAAGCAGGCUAGCAAAGUGUCUUCCAAAGUCGCUCUUACCAUGACAGAGAUCUCCAGACAGGAAGACAAGGCCAAAGAACUUCGGGUCCAACUUGGAAAACCUGGGGAGGUUGUCAAGGAAAUGAACAAGCUUGGCCAGGAUCUCCAAGCAGCCCAACGCUCCUUGGAGAUGGACAUUAAAGCCCUCAAACAUCUGCUCUCCAAGCUAGGGAACCGGGAUCAGUCCGCGGCUGUGCUCCAUGCGAGCCAGGUCCAGCUGGCAACGUUGAAGCGACGCCUGGCAGGACCUGGCGCCCUGAAUGAGACGCUGGGCAUCUUGGUACAGGAAGCUGAGCAUCAGAGGGCAUCUCUGGAGGCCUUCGAACAAGAUCUAGAAGAGAUCCAGAGUGACCAGAAGAACUUAGAAGCCAUUCUUCAGAACUUGCCCAGCGGCUGUUAAGGGCUGAAAGGGAGACUGGCGCCGCCGGCAGAAUUGUGUAGAUUGAAGACUGGCAGUGAGGGAAUCAAUAUAGACCCUUUUUAAUAAUAAUUUUUUUAAAAAAGGAAAUGUUCCCAGAAUGCAAUGGGCAAGGGAGGCAGACUGAGACAUCUUUGUCAGGGACAGAGAAUAAUAGCUUGAGAAAACUAUCUUGGCUGCCGGACCAACCUUAAGAAUCAAACCCUGAAAUGGAGACAGUGCAGCCAUGAGGACGAGAAACCUGAAACAGCCAUUUUACGAGUCUUGGGGAAAUGAGCAUUGUGCUUUUUUUGGUCCAAGGAGUUUUGGACCCUGGUUGAGGGUGUGUGGGGAGGUGGGGAAACGAUGAUUCUAUGAUAUUGGCAGAGAUUUGAACCCUGAUGCAGAAAAAUUGAAAGUUGGAUGCCAGGAUCGGGAGUAAAUCGAGUGCAGGGAUGUAG